AUGAAGUGGGCUACUAUCACCACGGCUCUGUUGCCUUUGGUCGCCGCUCAUGGCUUUACCCACCAGCAAUAUGCCUCUGGAGAGGUCAUGGACCUCAUGAUGUCCGGCAAGGAGGCUUCAUGGGCUAAGCAACGUGCUGCUGGCAACUACGACAGCAAGAGGUGGAACGGCUUCUCCAGCAAGCGCACCAAGAAGAACAAGAUUGAGUGCAAGGACGGCCGCGUUGAGGCUGUCAAGGGAGAUGCCGACCAGACCUACAAGUGCAAGAAUAUCGACUUGUACGACUUCAAGACGCAUGAGGAGCUCGGCGAUGCCAUUGGUGAUGGAAGUGGCUCGUGGGGUUGGUCGCACAAGGGCCGUGACUUCAUUGCCAUCGGUCAGACUUACGGUGCUUCUUUCUCCGAAGUUACCAAGAACGGCCAGCUGGAGUACCUUGGACGUCUUCCUGCCAACAACGACUCCGUCAUCUGGCGUGAGAUCAAGGUUGUUCGUGACAGCCUCAUUGUCGGUUCCGAAGGUGUCGGUCACCAUGUCCAGGUCUUCGACCUGAAGAAACUGCUUAAGCUCUCUCCCAAGAAGCCCUACACUUUCGAUAUCAAGAAGGAUACUGCUCUUGUCGACAUCAAUCAGGGUAUCAAGGGCCGUACCCACACUGUCGUCGCCAACAACGAGAAGAACUACGCCGUCGCCUGCGGUGCUGGCGGUCGCGCCGGUCGUAACGACACCUGCGCUGGUGGACCCAUGUUCAUUAACAUGGACGACCCCACUAAGCCUUAUGUUGAGGGUUGCAACGGCCAGGAUGGCUACACUCAUGACGCUCAAUGCAUUGUCUACCGAGGACCUGACAAGAAGUACUACGGCCGUGACAUCUGCUACGGCUACAACGAGGACACUUUGACCAUCUACGACGUCACCAACAAGAAGGGUUUCGGUAACGCUGGUGCCAUCAUCUCUCGCACACCCUACGUCGGAGCCUCCUACACCCAUCAAGGCUGGGUUCUCGAUCCCUUCUGGCAAACCCACAUCGUCAUGGACGAUGAGCUUGACGAGGGCCAAAUCGACCCCAACCGCACUGCUGUUGACAGUCCCGCCAAGGACGGCUUCGCCGUGACGUACAUCUGGGACAUCCAGAGCCUCGAGAAGCCCGUUGUCACCGGCUACUACAAGACCACCACCCGUUCCGUCGAUCACAACCAAUACGUCUACGACGGUCUUGACUACCAAUCCAACUACCAAGCCGGUCUCCGUAUCCUCGACGUUUCCAGCAUCCCCAAGUUCCCCGACGGUUCCAAGGUCAAGGAGAUUGCCUACUUUGACGUUUACCCUCCGGACGAUGUCAAGCCCGGCGGUGGUGACGCUCUCUGGGACGCUGGUACCUGGUCUGCCUACACCUUCGAGUCUGGAUUCGUUGUCAUCAACACCAUUGACCGUGGUGUCUUUGUUGUCAAGCAGGCUGAUGUCAAGGGCAGGAGGAGGGGUCGUGGACAGUACUGGAACAAGUACUAG